GGCAUCCAUCUAGACGUCUGGAAAGGGACAAGCUGAGAGGAAAGCAAGAAUUGUAAGACACGAUGGGGACCACGCAGAAUGGCGCACCAGCUCAAAAAAACGAAAGCACAUCCAACGGAACUGCAGCAGGUUUUAGCUUGACGUUCUCAAAGAAGCGCACAGCAGGUGCAGCGCCUGUAAAUGUGCAGCCUAAGGAGGAAUCAAGGAGGGAACUGGUAAACGGCUUUAGCGGUGGACAGUUGGAGUUGACAGAUGCUGCAGCACCUCUGCUGGGCGGCAAGCGCACUAUCGCCAAGCUUGAGAACACCUUCCAAGUGGGCGUGGGCCCCAAGAAGUUUAACGCAUCCAGGUUUCUACCAACUCAGGACGCUCCUGAAGCCAAUGCAGACCGCUUUGAGCUGGCUGGACCAGAGGUGGCCCAGGAAGAGGUGACGUAUGGGCUGCAGAAACGAGCAAGGCCCUCUGAGCGCGAGGCAGAUGGGGCGGGGCCCAGCAGGGAUGACCCCCUGAAUGGGCUCAGCAUCACCAGCAGAGAGUGGGAGGCUGCCAGGUUCAAGCAGGACGUGGAGUCCCUUCCUGAGGUGGCUGGGUUGGAUGCGUAUGAGGCGAUGCCUGUGGAGGCAUUUGGGGAGGCCAUGCUGCGGGGGAUGGGCUGGCAGGAAGGCAAGUCUGUGGGCAAGAACGCCAAGGAGAUUGUGACUGCAAAGGAGUAUGUGCGGCGGCCAGAGAAGCUGGGCUUGGGCGCCACGCCUGCCGCCAUGUUGCCCAAACCCAAGAAGUACAUCAAACAGGGGGAGAGCAGAGAGGCCAAGAAGGACAUGAUCUACAUGGACGCGGAGGGCCACCAGAAGCACGUGAAGGACGAGAAUGCCAAGCUCGUGGAGCGCGAGAAGAGGGGCGUCCACGUCGGCAAGACCAUGCGCUGCAUCGCCGGCACCCAUGCAGGCCUCCUCUGCGAUGUUCUCGCCCUGGAACCCAAGGUGGGCGAUAGGUCCCAGAGGGCCACGGUGCGGCUGCAGCCGAGCGCAGAGACGGUGUCAGUGCGGGUGAAGGAACUUGGGGAGAAGCAUGAGAGUGCUCCAGAGCCCGAGAACGGCUCCUCAAAGCGCAAGCACAAGGAGCACAAGCACGAGAAGAAGCAGCACAAGCAUGACAGGUCGAAGGUCAAGGACAGGUCAUCAGCGGAUGAGGAGGAUGGGCGCGAGGCAGAGAGGCCCUGGCUGGCUACCCACAUCAUCGUCAAGAUCAUCGACAAGAAGCUGCGCGGGGGCAGGCUGUACCUGAAGCGUGCAGAGGUGGUGGACGUCCCGGAGCCGACGCGGUGCAGCCUGGUGUUGAUAGAGGGCGGCGAGACGCUGUCGGACGUGCCACAAUCGGCGCUGGAGACAGUGGUGCCCAAGCAGGAGCGCUGCCGGCUGCUCAUCCUGGCCGGGCCGCUGCGGGGGCAGCGCGCGCGGCUGCUCUCGCGCAACGCCGACGCUGCGGCCGUCGCCGUGCAGCUCACGGCCGACUUCUCCGUUCACAAGCUCAGCUUUGACGAUGUCUCUGAGUAUGCCGGGGACUUUGGCGACGAGGAGUAAACGGCCCGCCGACACGCGCGCCAUGGCGCGCGUGUCCGCGGGGUUUAGAGAAAGAGCAUGCAGACAUCAAGGCCAUGCUAGCGUCAGAGAUACUGUAGGAGGAAGCAAAGGGCAGCAAUGCCAAUGAACGGCGUUGAACAUAUUUGUGAUGUCUGGCCAGUUGAAGAAUUAGGUUGUGAAGCAAAACACGUUUUUGGGUUCAGCAUGAUAGACAACUUCACAGGAUGUGCAGCAGCGAAGAACUUGAGCAUGAGUCAGGUCAUGCCCAUCAACCUGACAGUUUCUAGGGGAUGAAAGCAUGUGCCACGUUGGUCUUUUGCUCCUGAUGGUCAUGCCAUACCAGUGGUGAGCAUGCUGGUGUCAGCAUGCCAUGGUCCCGUGUGCCCUGGCCAAAUUUGCUUGCCCUCAUGGCCUUGCAGAAGCCAGGCUUGAUCUUUCGGAUUGUAAAAUUUGGCA